AUGACUCCUCCGCCCAUUUCUGCGCUGCUGCUCUCGGAGUUGAGGGGCCCCCGGUUUGGGUCUCUUUUAUUUCGGCAGUUAGUGAGGGCCCCCCUGAUAGAAACCCUAAUUAAGGGUUUGCUGCAGCGGGCGGUGGGUUGGGCGGGGCCCUACGCGUUGAGGGUUUGGCUGCAGCGGCGGGGGGCCCCCCUGGGGGCCCCCGGGGGGCCCCCCGGGGAGGGGGGGGCCCCCGGGGGCGUGGGGCCCCUGGUGGUGGCUGCUGCUGCUGCUGCGAGCUGCUACCUGGGGGCCGACGUGCUGCUGCUGACGAAGCUGCUGCCAGCAGCAGCAGCAGCAGCAAGGGCCCCCGCGAGCCGCAGCGCAGCAGAACUGCUGGUGCAGCAGCUGCAGCUGCCGCAGCUGCUGAGCCACACGCUGCUGGGCUUUGCUGCUGAAAUUGAAGAGACAAUUAUUUCUUCUGUCUCCAAUUCUUAUUUGAAUGCAGCAGCACUGAACAAGUUGCUGCUGCGGCUGACGGGGGUGGACUGGGGGCUGCAGGGCUUUCGUGCUGCAGCAGCGCUGCAGCCUGCUGCUGCGCUGCUGCAGCAGCAAGUCCGCAUGCAUGCGCCCCCCGUGCUGCUGCAGCUGCUGCAGGCUGUGCUGGGCCCUUUGGCCCACUCGCUGGAGCUGUGGGCCCCGGGGGCCCUCAGUGUUGCUGCUGCUGCUGCUGCUCGCGAGCUGCCGCAGCGGCUGCUCGCGCGGCCUGCUGCGCUGCAGCAGCAGCUGCUGCAGCACUACCUGGGAUCGCCUCGGGCCUUCGAUCCCAAGGGCCUCAAGUUCUUCUACGAGGCCCUUCUUGCUGCCUUCACCCCACAAGUCCUCGCCACUCUAAACCCUCCCCACACUUUUGCUGCUGCUGCUGCAGCAAGGUCCCCGCUGCAGCAGCUGCUCUUCAACACUACCCUCGCCAGGGUGCUGCCCCGGGGGCCCCCGCAGCAGCAGGGGGGCCCCCCGCAGCAGCAGGGGGGCCCCCCGGAGGAGCAGGGGGGCCCCCCGGAGGAGGGGGGCCCCCCCGAGGAGGAGGGGCCCCCGGGGGGCCCCCAGGGGCCCCCGGGGGGCCCCCAGGGGGCCCCCUGCUGGGCGUGGCAGCAGCAGUGGACUGCAGCAAGCCGGCAGUACCGGCUGCUGCUGUACCGCGGCGCUGCUGCUGCAGUGUACGGGUUCGAGGGGCUGCUGCUGCUGGCAGCAAAAGUGGAAAGAGAAAAAGUAAAAGAGACAGAAAAGGAGACAGUUGGAGAAGCUUUAAAGGAGACACAAAAGACAGAAGUGGUGGGGGUGCUGCUGCGCUUUUUCGUGGAGAAAGUGCUGCAGCAGCAGCCGGGGGCGCUGCUGCUGCUGCAGCAGCGCCGCGGGCUGCUGCGGCGGCUGCCGCUGCUGCAGCGGCUGCCGCUGCUGCAGCAGCAGCAGCUGACCUUCGAGUUCAAAGAGACCAGUCCCCACGGAGACACGGGAGAACUCAAAGUGUGGGGCCCGCAGCAGCAGCUGCUUGCUGCAGUGGUCACCCGCCAGAGACCAGUGGUCACCCAAGUGCUGCAGCAGCAAGACUUCCUGCAUGCACCCUUUUUGGGGCUUUUGGCGCAUGCAAAGGGCGAGGGGGCCCCCCUGAGGGGCCCCCUGGAGCUGCUGGAGCCUUCGCUGCAGGGCAUCUCGCAGCAGCAGCAGCUGCAGCAAAGCAGCCAGCAGCAAAUUGCUGCUAUCCCGCUGCAGCUGCAUGCGCCCUGCAGCAGCAGCAGCAGCAGCAGCAGCAGCAAAAAGUUCGUCGCCUGGCUCAACCCGAAUGCCUACGGAAGCAGCAGCACCUGCUACAGAAAAGUCGAGUACCAAAAGACAGAAGAAAAAGAACUUUUGACUCUUUGGUGGUUUGAUGAGGGAAAAACCGAAAAAGUGGUUUUGGAAUUUGGGGGAGGCAAAGCUGAUGCGGAGCCUGGCAAAGUUAGCAGCAACAGCAGCAGCAGCAGCAGCAGCAGCAGCAGCAGCAGCAGCCGCAGCCGCAGUAUGCCCAGCAGCAGCACAAGUAUCCCUAGCACCAUCACCAUCACCAGCAGCAGCAGCAGCAGCAGCAGCAGCAGCAGCAGCAGCAGCAGCAGCAGCAGCAGCAGCAGCAGCAGAAGGAGGAGCGUUGUGUGUCAGCAGCAAGCAGCAAAGCGCGCGCAGCAGCAGCAAACUUCGCUGCGGCUCAGCUUCUUCAAGGGGGCCCCCAAGACCACUGACAAGUCCUGGAUUUUGCGGAUUAAUUUGUUUUUAAACUUCCCAAAGUUCAAGUCUUUGAAAGCAGCACUGGGGCCCCUGCUGCCGGCCUUUGCGGAGGCUUUGGCAGCAGCUUACACGGCCUGGGACGCGCAGCAGCAGCAGCAGCAGCAGCAGCAGCAGCAGCAGCAGCAGCAGCAGCAGCGCGGCCCCGGGGGGGCCCCCUGGAGGGCCAGCGGCGAGGCCCUCGAGGCCCUCUGUUCGCCGGAGGAGAAGCUGGAGGUGUGCGAGCAGCGCUACGGGCUGUGGGGCUCGCUGCUGCUGCAGCAGCAGCAGCAGCAGCAGCAGCAGCAGCAGCAGCUGGGGGCGGCGCUGUGUCCGAAGCGCAUGGAGUCCCCGUUUUUGUUCAAAAUAUGGAAAGUGGAAGAAACAGAAAGUAAUGGUAUUGUUGCAGUUGGGGACUUGGGGGCCCUUGAGGCUUUCCAAAGAGAUCCAAACAAGAGACACAAUUUGCUGCUGCUGGGGGGUUUGGAGGCUUCUGUGUCGCUGCAGCUCAGCAAGUACCGCCAGCUGCUGCAGCAGGAAGCAGCAGGUGCUGCAGUCUCUCCGCAGCAAAAGUUCCAGGCCAUGAAGUACAUUUUCCUCCUCAUUCAGGACAUUCUUGCUGCUCACCAGCCCCCUGCUGCUGCUGCUGCUGCUGCUGCUGCAGCAGACCUCAGCAGCAGCCUCAGGGACGCGGGCUACGACGUCCUCCUCAGGCUCCCGCCGCCCCCUGCUGCUGCUGCUGCGCCUGCUGCUGCUGCUGCUGCUGCUGCUGCGGAGCGCGGCGCCGCGGAAGACGCUGCUGCGGGAGCAGCAGCAGCAGAGCAGCAGCACUUCGAGGCAGCAGAAGCAGCAGCAGAAAUGCUUUACGAAGAUCUCUUAACUCCCGAAAAAAGCAUGCACUUGAGGGCCUUUUUGGGGCUUCCUGUGGGGCUGCAUGCAGCUGCUGCUCAUCUCUUUUUUGCUGCUAAGAUGCGCCGCAGCAACCCGCUUGCUGCUGCUGCGGGCUUCCGGCUGCAUGCGCGCGACGCGGCCAUCCGCAACCGCUGCAGCUGCAGCAGCAGCAGCAGCAGCAGCAGCAGCAGCAGCAGGGGCUUCUGCCCCCACCUCGUUGUCUUGUGGAAUCAUGCUUAUCUUUCUCUCAUGGUGCUGCUGCAGCUCAGCAGCAGGCCAGAGCUUGUUGCUGAGCUGCUGGCAGCAGAAGACUUUGCUGCUGUCUCAGGCCAGGAGGCCCCGGGAAACGCCCUCCCAGACGUGCCCGUGACCUUCGAAGAAAGCCUCAUUGCCUUCAAGACGGGGCUGCACUACGCGAAGUGUGUGGGGUGGGCGCAUGCAGCUUUUGCUGCUUUCGAAUCUGCUGCUGUUUCCACAGAGUCCAUUUUGUCUCUUGUUGCUGCUUUUGCGGAAAAAGAAAAAGACCUUUCGCUGCUGCUGCUGCACCUGCCUGCAGCAGCAGCAGCAGCAGCAGCAAGUGCCCUCAGCCACAGACAAACCCUCCAAACCGCCACUUGGAAUGCCUUCAUUGCUUUCUGGUCCAUUCAAGAGGUCUACGGCCUCCUCGAGGGCGACUUGAGCAGCACGCUAAGCGCAGUUCCUUCUUUUGCUGCUUCUCCGCUGCUGAGCGGGGGCCCCUCUGGGCGCUUUUGGGUACCGGAGAGCAUUUGGGGGCCCCUGGAGGAGGAGCUGCAGCAGCUGUUUGGGGCCCUUCCUGCUGCAGUAGGUGGCGGCCUUGCUGCUGCUUCUCGUGCUGCAGUGGAUGCUGUGCUGCACGUGCUGCAGCAGCAAGUGCGGCGGCGGGGCUUUGUGGAAAUGGGGGCCCCUGAGGCGUUGGCGCUGUGGUGGCAGCUGAUGCAGCAGUGCCUGGAGCAGCUGCAGCAGCAGCAGCAGCAGCUGCAGCAGCAGCUGCUGCAGCAGCAGCAGCAGCCGGGGCCGCCGCCGGCGCAGCAGCAGCUGCAGCAGGGCGAGCAGCAGGCGCUGCUGGAGCAGCUGGAGCAGCAGGAGCAGCAGGUGCAGCAGUUCUUCCGCAGCCAGCAGCACACUGCAGCAUUUUGCAAACUGCUGCAGCAAGCUGCUGCUGCUGCUGCCUUUGCGCAGCAGCUGGAAGACCCCGAGGUGAAGGCCGUGCUGACGCGGCGGCCGCAGCGCUUCGGCUUCGAGAGCUGGCUGAGCCUGGUGCAGCAGCAGCAGCAGCAGCAGCAGCAGCAAAGCCCCGAAGCUACUGUGCUGCUGCUGCAGCGGCUCUUCACUCUUGUCUGCAGCAUGAUCCCCGCAAGUGCUGAGACAAGGGCCCUCAAGACUUUGGGAAAGCCCACGGAAGAUGUGCAGCUUUUCAGGACUUUGGUGGACUCCAUAGUCUACCGUUUGCUGCUGCAGCAGCAGCAGCAGCAGCAGCAGCAGCAGCAGCAGCUGCCGCCGCCCUCCUUCGCCCACUACCCCCUCUGCACCGCCAUUCGAGCAGCAGACUGCAGCAGCUUCGCAGCAGCAGCAGCAGCAGACCCAGUUCUUGCGAGGUCUUGCAAAGAACUUGAAGAAGUGAAGCAGCGGAUUUUGGCCACUUUGCCUUUGGGGGGCCCCCCUGGGGGGCCCCCCGGGGGGCCCCCCGGGGGGCCCCCCGGGGAGGGGGCCCCCGGCGGGGGGGCCCCCGAGGGGCCCUCGGAGUUCUGUUUGCUGCUGCAGCAAACCGAAGAGCCCCUGGCGGAGCGCUGCGAGUGCAGCAAAGGCGGCCGCAGCAGCAGCAACUUGCUGCAGUUCUUUGUGGGGUUUAUGAGCCGGCAGCUGAGCAGCAGCAUUGUGCAGGACCAGUGGUCACGUUUGCUGCGCAUGCAGCUGCUGCAGCAGCAGGAGCCCGCGCUGUUCCCGCUGCCGCUGAACCCUCUUGCUGCUGCGCUGCACGAGGCGGCCGUGCAGCUGGCGGACGCAGCAGCAGCAGCAGCAGCAGCAGCAGACGCCGCAGCCACCCCCGCAGCCAAAGCAGCAGCAGAAGCAGCAGCAGCAGCAAAACAAGACCAAGACCUUGCUGCAGCAGCAAACCGCGUCUACUACACCAUGUGCAGAUACGCAGACUACAUGAUAGCAGCAAACAACUUAAAAGAGACCAACGCAUGCACGCUGGUGGGGGCCCCCCGGCCCCUGCUGGCGCUGCUGAAGCGGCUGCUGCAGCAGCACUCCUCGAGGGUCCUGUGGAGCCGGCUGGGGCAGCAGCAGCAGGGAUUAUUGGCAAUGAGUUAUGAAGAAAUAGUAAAGUCGAAGAGUCUGCAGCAGCAGCCGAGCGGGGCCCUGAAGGCGGGGGCCCUGGAGUUCCUGGGCCGGCAGUUCUGGGGCAGCAGCAGCAGCAGGGGGGCCCCCCUGCCGGGGGCCCCCCCCCCCGAGUACCAGCGGCUGCAGCAGGGCUUCGCAGACGUGCUGCAGCUGCUGCGGGACAAGCUGCAGCGGCUGCAGCCGCAGCUCAGCAGCUGGCAGCAGCAAGCAGCACGCGCGCUGCAGCUGCUGCUGCACCAUGCUGUCAAGUUCGUUCUUGCUGCUGCUAAGGACUUGACGCGUUCGGGCCGCCGCAGCCUCAAGGAGCAGCGCAGGGACCUCCGCAUGCAAAUCGAGCUCAAGCGCAAGCUGCAGCAGCAGCAGCAGCAGCAGCAGCAGCAGCAGCAGCGGCAGCGGCAGCAGCAGCGCGCGAAGCCGCAGCAGCAGCAGCAGCAGCAGCAGAGGAGCAGGCAGCCGCAGGCGAAACCCAGCCUCGUGCAGACCGCCGCCGAACACCGCCCGCAGGACGCAGCAGCAGCAGCAGCAGCUCCAGCAGCAGCAGCAGCAGCAGCAGCAGCAGCAGCAGCAGGCGUGGCUGGCAGGGGCGCGGCAGUUCGUUCUUUCGGGCGGAAGGCGCUGGUGUCCCGGCACUGGUCGCUGCUGCAGCUGUCCCGCAGCAGCAGCAGCAGCAGCAGCAGCAGCAGCAGCAGCAGCAGCGCAGCAGGAGGGGGCGCGGCGGGAGAGCUGCUGCAGUCGCUGCUGCUGCCGCUGCUGUCGGAGCUGCCGCGGGCCGUGGGGGCCCUCCCGGCGCAGCAGCUGGGGGGCCUCUGGCUGUCUCUUGCUGCUGCUCUUCGAGUGCAAAAGACAGUUGUGGGGUCUGUGAAAGAAGCAGCAGCAAAAGUUUGCAUAAGAUCUCUGGACAGCAUUUUGCUGCCAGCUUUGCUGAGUGCGGGCCGGCUGCUGCCUGCUGCGCUGCUGCGGACGCAGCUGCUGCUGCUGGCGCGGCAGCUGCACUUCUUCGUUGCUGCUGCAGCAGCGGAGCUGGAGGUGUCUCUGAAGCGCAGCAGCAGCAGCAGCAGCAGCAGCAGCAGCAGCAGCAGCGGCAGCAGCGGGCUGCUGGGCCUGCGGCUGCUGCUGCGCGGGCUCGCGCUGGCCGUGGCCAGCCGGCUGCAGCAGCUGCUGCUGCAGCAGCAGUUUCAGCGGAAGGUGCAGCGCAGCAUAACGCGGAGACUGCAGCAGCUGCUGGAGACUCUGCAAGCAGCUUUUAAAGUCUACAGAGUCUCCGAAGUUCUCUGCGGGGGUCUCCAUUUGCUGCUGGACGCAGCAGCAGAUUUGCUGCACGAGCAGCAGCAGCAGCUGGGUGCUGCGCUGCUCGCGCUGCUGCAGACAGACGCCUUGGGCCGUUUGGCUCUCUUCAUCGAAGCAAAUCUCUUUUUGCUGCUGCAGCAGAUCUGCAGCAGCAAAGCUGCUGCCAACUUCUUUGCUGCUGCUGCUUCCCACCUCGGACUCUGGGGAGCAGCAAAAGACCUUUCCAGGGCCCUCUUCGGCUGGUUCUUCGGAGGCGCCAGGGGCCCCCAGGGGGGCCCCCCUGCUGCUGCUGCUGCUGCUGCUGCUGCAGCAGAGCCUGCUGCUGCAGCGCAGCAGCAGUAG